UGGCCCCAGUCUUAUCCGAACCCGCUCCUUAACGUUGGCGUAACCUCAGCAGCAUCUUGUCCCAUGGUGCAGAGGCAGCGCUCCAACAAUCCAGAGCUGCUCUUCUCCUAUUGGUCAGAAAGCCUCGAAAGAUCCGCUCGAAGUUCGCAAGGGACGAAGAGACGUGUUGGGAGGAGGGUGAGAGAGUGAACAAGGCCUAUCAGGGAAGACUGCCAACUUGUCGGCUUUUAUGAUCGCCUUCCUGCUUUUAUAAAGCAGCUGGACGGCGCUGAAGGUGAAGGGCUCUGUGGGUGUGAGAAGAGCAAUCCGGAUCUGGAUGUUGGCAGACUGGUCCUCUUGUGAACCGGUGAAUUCAGAAAGGGACAGCAGCAGCAGCGGAGAGGAGGAUGGGAGGCGGAGGACAGCAGACGGAGCCUGCAGAGCCAGGCAGCGGGAAGACUGCAGGUGUUUACACCUGGGAAGAGGUGCAGAAGCACCGCGACCGAAACGACCAGUGGCUGGUGGUCAACCGAAAGGUUUAUAACAUCAGCCAGUGGGUCAAAAGGCAUCCAGGAGGGUCCCGAGUAAUCGGACAUUACGCCGGAGAGGAUGCGACGGAAGCCUUUACAGCCUUUCAUCCUGAUCAAACAUUUGUGCAGAAGUUUCUGAAGCCUCUGCUGAUUGGAGAGUUGGUGGCGACAGAGCCAAACCAGGAUGGAAACAAAAGUGCAGAACUCAUUGAGGAGUUUGAUCGUUUACGAGAACAGGCAGAGAAAAGAGGCCUUUUUCAAGCGCAGCCUUUAUUCUUCUGCCUCCAUCUGGGUCACAUCGUGCUGCUGGAGGCCCUGGCCUUUCUGCUUCUCUCACACUGGGGCACAGGCUGGACGAUGACGCUACUGUGUUCAGUAGUGCUCGCAACCGCUCAAUCGCAGGCCGGAUGGCUGCAGCAUGACUUUGGUCACCUCUCUGUCUUCAAGAAAUCCAAAUGGAAUCACCUGGUCCACAAGUUUGUAAUUGGACAUUUGAAGGGAGCUUCAGCCAACUGGUGGAACCACCGACAUUUCCAGCAUCACGCCAAACCGAACGUUUUCAAGAAGGAUCCCGACAUCAACAUGAUGGAUAUCUUUGUACUUGGGAACACGCAGCCAGUGGAGUAUGGAAUUAAAAAGAUCAAACAUUACCCCUACAACUACCAACACCAGUACUUCUUUCUCGUGGCACCUCCGCUUCUUAUUCCAAUUUUCUACAACUACAAUAUAAUGAAGACCAUGUUUACUCGACGUGACUGGGUGGAUCUGGCCUGGGCUUCCACAUACUACAUUCGUUACUUCUACUGUUUUGUUCCACUGUAUGGUGUGUUUGGCUCUCUGGCACUCAUGAUGUUCGUCAGGUUUUUAGAAAGCCACUGGUUUGUGUGGGUGACUCAGAUGAGCCACUUGCCAAAGGAGAUCGAUCACGAGAGGCGCCAAGACUGGCUGACUGCGCAGUUACAAGCCACGUGUAAUAUUGAGCAGUCCUUCUUCAAUGACUGGUUCAGUGGACACCUCAACUUUCAAAUCGAGCAUCAUCUGUUUCCCAGGAUGCCGCGCCACAACUACCAGCUGGUGGCGCCGCAGGUCCGCGAGCUGUGUGAGAAACACGGGAUUUCUUAUGAGACAAAAACUUUGUGGCGAGGAAUGGUUGACGUGGUCAGGUCGCUGAAAACUUCAGGGGAACUGUGGCUUGAUGCAUAUCUCCAUAAAUGAUUAGCUGGCUUUUUCACGUUUGUCAUAUAAUACGGAAAUCUAAUAGACGAAACUGGAAUGAUCUGUUUUUCAGUGUUUAAUGUAAAAGACUGUUUUAAUCUUUAGUGAACACUGGAUUUUUGAGGAUCAACCAUAAGUCAAUGUUAAAGGUGAAAUUAUAAAAUGUGACUGACCCAUUAAAGACUUUCAAUAACAAA